GUUUGGUUACAAAAGUACGGCUACCUUCCACCGACUGACCCCAGAAUGUCAGUGCUGCGCUCUGCAGAGACCAUGCAGUCUGCCCUAGCUGCCAUGCAGCAGUUCUAUGGCAUUAACAUGACAGGAAAAGUGGACAGAAACACAAUUGACUGGAUGAAGAAGCCCCGAUGCGGUGUACCUGACCAGACAAGAGGUAGCUCCAAAUUUCAUAUUCGUCGAAAGCGAUAUGCAUUGACAGGACAGAAGUGGCAGCACAAGCACAUCACUUACAGUAUAAAGAACGUAACUCCAAAAGUAGGAGACCCUGAGACUCGUAAAGCUAUUCGCCGUGCCUUUGAUGUGUGGCAGAAUGUAACUCCUCUGACAUUUGAAGAAGUUCCCUACAGUGAAUUAGAAAAUGGCAAACGUGAUGUGGAUAUAACCAUUAUUUUUGCAUCUGGUUUCCAUGGGGACAGUUCUCCCUUUGAUGGAGAGGGAGGAUUUUUAGCACAUGCCUACUUCCCUGGACCAGGAAUUGGAGGAGAUACUCAUUUUGACUCAGAUGAGCCAUGGACACUAGGAAAUCCUAAUCAUGAUGGAAAUGACUUAUUUCUUGUGGCAGUUCAUGAACUGGGACAUGCUCUGGGAUUGGAGCAUUCCAAUGACCCCACUGCCAUCAUGGCUCCAUUUUACCAGUACAUGGAAACAGACAACUUCAAACUACCUAAUGAUGAUUUGCAGGGCAUCCAGAAGAUAUAUGGUCCACCUGACAAGAUUCCUCCACCUACAAGACCUCUACCGACAGUGCCCCCUCACCGCUCUAUUCCUCCGGCUGACCCAAGGAAGAAUGACAGGCCAAAACCUCCUAGGCCUCCCACCGGCAGACCCUCCUAUCCUGGAGCCAAACCCAACAUCUGUGAUGGGAACUUUAACACUCUAGCUAUUCUUCGCCGUGAGAUGUUUGUUUUCAAGGACCAGUGGUUUUGGCGAGUGAGAAACAACAGGGUGAUGGAUGGAUACCCAAUGCAAAUUACUUACUUCUGGCGGGGCCUGCCUCCUAGUAUCGAUGCAGUUUAUGAAAAUAGCGACGGGAAUUUUGUGUUCUUCAAAGGUAACAAAUAUUGGGUGUUCAAGGAUACAACUCUUCAACCUGGUUACCCUCAUGACUUGAUAACCCUUGGAAGUGGAAUUCCCCCUCAUGGUAUUGAUUCAGCCAUUUGGUGGGAGGACGUUGGGAAAACCUAUUUCUUCAAGGGAGACAGAUAUUGGAGAUAUAGUGAAGAAAUGAAAACAAUGGACCCUGGCUAUCCCAAGCCAAUCACAGUCUGGAAAGGGAUCCCUGAAUCUCCUCAGGGAGCAUUUGUACACAAAGAAAAUGGCUUUACGUAUUUCUACAAAGGAAAGGAGUAUUGGAAAUUCAACAACCAGAUACUCAAGGUAGAACCUGGAUAUCCAAGAUCCAUCCUCAAGGAUUUUAUGGGCUGUGAUGGACCAACAGACAGAGUUAAAGAAGGACACAGCCCACCAGAUGAUGUAGACAUUGUCAUCAAACUGGACAACACAGCCAGCACUGUGAAAGCCAUAGCUAUUGUCAUUCCCUGCAUCUUGGCCUUAUGCCUCCUUGUAUUGGUUUACACUGUGUUCCAGUUCAAGAGGAAAGGAACACCCCGCCACAUACUGUACUGUAAACGCUCUAUGCAAGAGUGGGUGUGAUGUAGGGAUUUUUUCUUCUUUCUUUCUUUUGCAGGAGUUUGUGGUAACUUGAGAUUCAAGACAAGAGCUGUUAUGCUGUUUCCUAGCUAGGAGCAGGCUUGUGGCAGCCUGAUUCGGGGCUGACCUUUCAAACCCAGAGGGUUGCUGGUCCUGCACAUGAGUGGAAAUGCACUCAUGGGGAAGCUUCCAUGAUGCACAGUAUCUGCUGUUCUUCAGUCCUUUGUCUUUCUUUGUCAUUCAGUUCUAGGCCUUUCCUCUGCACGCUCAAUGCCCAGUAAAAUUUCAGGAUUAACUAAAGAAGAGGAGAAAAAGAAGAAAAGAUUCUUCUUAAAAGUUUCUAAUGUUAUUUUCCUUCUGAAGUCUGAGCCCAUUUCUGGGGGGAGAAAAAAAAAAAAAAAAGCAAAUCAGAAAACCCACGAUUUUUCCUUCUUUUUUUUUUUCUUUUUUUUUUUCUUUUUUUUUUUUCUUUUGCUUUAAAACAAAGGGAAAAAAGAGUUUAAACAAAAAACCCACAAUUGAACUUCCAGGAAAGUGUGAAGACCCAAAACAGCUUUGUCUCCAAAGAAGAUAGCUCUCUGACUGCUUUGGAUAGUCUCCUACGCACCAUUUUGUCAGGUGGGAGAUUUGGAAUACACAUGCAGGACGUUAGACUGUUGGGACAGCCAUUUUCCAACAACCAAGGGGCCAAAAUAUCUGCAAUAUAGUAACAGCCUUAAUAAUACAUCCAUUUUUCAUUUUAUACAGCUGUUCUCAGCUAUGUCCUCAAUGUUUCAUCGCAUUUAUAUUCAUAGCUAUUUUCAAACACGACCUUUUAAUUGUUUUUGAAGUAUUUCUAAACCCCUUCUUUCCACCUUACUCCUCCAUCAUUGUGAUAAUCUUCCCAAGUUGUAUUAGGCCAUUGCCCCAGGCCUUCCAUGAGUCUGUCAGGAAUAUUCGUUACAAAGCAGAGCAAGAAGCAGUAUAUCUCUGAAGUGGAUUACAGUGACAGUUAUUUUACAAGGAUUUGUGACACUAGUAAUAUACCCGUGUAACCCUUUGAGAACUAUCACACCAGCUUUCAGAGUCUUAGGAUUGUUGGUCUUGUGAUCUGAUAAGUUACAGAACUGGGCAAUGGUAAAAACAGUCACAGGUUCAAGAAGAUCAGGUUUUUAAAACAUUAUGUCCUAUAAUGUCAUGUAAUUUUUAAAUGAUUUACAAGACUACAUAAAUGUGUUUAUAGCAAACAGAAAUGAUGUUACUUGCCAAAAUUUUUCUGGCAAAUAAAAAAGGUAUUUUAUUAAGAAUCUCAUAAGACUGAAAUUUUAUUUGAAAAACUGAUAACAGCCUACAUCUUCUCUUUUUUUGUUUCAGGCAUACUGAAUUUCUGUUUUAAAAUCCAUUGCAUGAAAAUUCAAUUUGCCUUGGUAUAUGCAGUUAGCAUUGCCAUUUUAAAAAUGAAUUAAAACGAUGACUCUGAAGUUGCAUGAAUAUGCUCCAGUGCAUUACCUAUUGCAUGUCCACCAUAGUUCUCAAAGGGUUAGUGUGGCUUCUGGCAUUUAGCCGUCCAUUUGAUCACUGACAGAGCCAAGAGACCACCAAAGCAUUUCAUUGUUGAGUGUAAUUUGUCCUAACAGCAGUAUUGUCAUUUUCAUGUGACCUGCAGAGCAGGUUUGUAUCAAUAUUUUUUUCCUAGAGAAAAGUCAGCAACUGACAGACCUCUUUAUUGAUUUUUAGGAGCUGCUUCUUGCAGUGAAAGGCUUUACAGCCACUGGGCUGUGAACUUAUUAGAGAUGGUCAGAAUGAAUGCACCCCAUGAGUCAGACAUUGGCUUUGUGUGAAAGCCAGCUUUGAGGGGAUUAGCUUUUGAAACAAUGAACAGCUUGCCUUGAACUUGAUUAUUGAUCUAUUGACUGUCAUUAACAACAACUUAAACAUUGUCUUCUGUGAAAAUUUUCCUUGAAGAGUCCUGUUCUAUGUCUUUGCCCUUUGACCUUUAACUUGCAAACUGGCACAAACUGAAGGAAAUCUGGUGUUGCUUCUCCAUUGGAUUAGUUGUUCUGUAAAAUCUAGUGAGCAUGAGCUGUUUCCUUAGAGUGGAGAGAGUGGUGAUGGCAGAUCUGCAGAUGGACACUUUGCUCUUUACAUGCACACUCUGAAAAUGCCCUAUAGGUAGAAGUGAAUUUUAAUUUCAUUAUAAUAUAAUUUCAAGUCUAAAUUCAUCAUUUUAGUACAAAUUACAAAAAACUAUAGG